UGACAUAAGAUAAUAUCAACGCAAAAACAACGUAAACUGAAUCGUAUUUUUAUAGGUAUAAUUAUUCUGUAGAGUACGUCGUACAAAGUAUCGCACAUUAUAUGAAGUGACUAACUAUAACGUGUAAAUUAUCAUAUCAAAGUGUGAACUUAAAAUAAAAGUGGAACAGCAUAUUAUGUACAAUUUAAUUAUGCAUUUAUACAAUUAAAAAAUUUGGAAGUCGAAAAUGAGUCUUCACAAAGCCAGAAUUAAAGCAUUUGAGGACAUCUUAGAUGAAGAUUUAGUAAAUAUUGAACAGCUACAAAAGCUUGCUUUUAAUGGAGUACCAGAUGAAAAAGGUUUACGAUCUUUUGUUUGGAAGAUCCUACUGCACUACAUACCUCUUGAGAAGAGUGCUUGGGAAUCUACACUUCAAAAGAAACGACAACUUUAUCAACAACUUAUAAAUGAAAUUAUCGUUUCUCCUGGAGGUCCGACUGAUCAUCCUCUUAACCUAAGUCCGGACAGUUCCUGGAGCACCUACUUCAAAGAUAACGAGGUCCUGCUCCAAAUAGACAAAGAUGUGAGAAGAUUGUGUCCUGAUAUCUCUUUUUUUCAAUCGGCCACCGAAUUUCCAUGUUCUGAGAUUGUAAACAGCAAUGGUGUCAAACGUCUGCACAAGCGGGUGGAACAGUCUGUAUUAAAAUAUUCAACUCUAGAACGAAGAGGUCUCGGUGUUGCCAAGUUGAGCAACGAAAUCCGUCGCAGUGAAAGCAUCACUAGUGGGGACUACACUCCGUUGAAUGAGGGCUGCGAGGCACAUUGGGAGGUGGUGGAGCGUAUGCUCUUCCUCUACGCGAAACUGAACCCCGGCCAGGGCUACGUGCAGGGCAUGAACGAAAUCAUCGGGCCAAUAUACCACACCUUUGCAUCCGACUGUAACGUCAACUUUCGGAAACACGCGGAAGCAGACUGUUUCUUCUGCUUCACUAACUUGAUGGCGGAGAUCCGGGACUUCUUCAUACGCACCUUGGACGAGACUGAAAGCGGCAUCAACUAUAUGAUGACCAAGUUGUGCGAGUGCGUUAAAAAGAAUGACCGAGCUGUCUGGGACCGACUGGAGAAACAGGAACUGAGGCCGCAGUACUACAGCUUCAGGUGGCUAACAUUGCUGCUUUCCCAGGAAUUUUCACUUCCUGAUGUAGAGAGGAUCUGGGACUCACUGUUUGCAGAUCCGCAGAGGUUCAACUCGCUCAUAUAUAUAUGCUGUGCCAUGAUCUUAUUGGUGAGAGACAACAUACUUAACGCUGACUUCGCGUCGAACGUGAAGUUGCUGCAGAACUUCCCACCGAUGGACGUAUCGUUAAUAUUAAACAAAGCAGUCGAAAUAUCAUCAGGUUAAUCUCUUUAUCAAACGAAUGAUUUUUUAUUAAAACUUUUAUAUAAU